AUGUCGGCACCCCGGCUGCUCACGUUGCAGCUGCUGCUCCUGCUGGGCGCGUGGUGGGCGCGCGCAGCCGCUCCGCGCUGCACCUACACCUUCGUGCUGCCCCCGCAGAAGUUCACAGGCGCCGUGUGCUGGAGCGGGCCAGCGGCCGCGCGCCCGACGCCAGAGGCCGUGAACGCCAGCGAGGUGGCGGCGCUGCGCGUGCGCGUGAGCCGCCACGAGGAAUUGCUGCGCGAACUUCAGCGGCUGGCAACUGCCGACGGCGCCGUAGCUGGCGAAGUGCGUGCGCUGCGCAAGGAGAGCCGUGGUUUGAGCGCGCGCCUGGGCCAGCUGCGCGCGCAGCUGCAGCACGAGGCGGGCCCAGGGGCGGGGCCUAGCCCGGGGGCGGAGCCCGCCUCCGCGCUGGCGCUGCUCGGGGAUCGCGUGCUGAACGCCUCGGCAGAGGCUCAGCGCGCUGCAGCCCGCUUCCACCAGCUGGACGUCAAGUUCCGCGAGCUGGCACAGCUAGUCAGCCAGCAGAGUGGCCUCAUCGCCCGCCUGGAGCGCUUGUGCCCGGGGAGUGCGGGAGGGCAGCAGCAGGUCCUGCCCCCACCCCUGGUACCUGUGGUUCCCGUCAGUUUGGUGGGUGGCACUGACGACAGCGGCAGGAGGCUAAACUCAGCCGCAGAACCCCAGAGAGAUCAGACCCUGAGACAGCCAGGACCCCUGGCCUCUCCUCUGCCCUCAGGGCACCCUGCUGUUCCUCCUAAGCCAGCAGGCCCAUGGCGGGAUUGUGCAGAGGCCCGCCAGGCAGGCCAUGGACAGAGUGGAGUGUAUGAGUUACGAGUGGGCCGGCACGUGGUGUCAGCAUGGUGUGAGCAACAGCUGGAGGGCGGAGGCUGGACUGUGAUUCAGAGGCGGCAAGAUGGCUCGGUCAACUUCUUCACUACCUGGCAGCACUACAAGGCGGGCUUCGGGGAGCCUGAUGGGGAAUACUGGCUGGGCCUUGAACCUGUGCAUCAGCUCACCAGCCGUGGGGAGCAUGAGCUACUGGUGCUCCUUGAAGACUGGGGAGGCCGUGGGGCACGCGCCCACUAUGAUGGUUUUUCCCUGGAGCCUGAGAGUGACCACUACCGCCUGCGGCUUGGCCAGUACCAUGGAGAUGCUGGAGACUCUCUUUCCUGGCACAAUGACAAGCCUUUCAGCACCGUGGAUAGAGACCGAGACUCCUAUUCUGGUAACUGUGCCCUGUACCAGCGGGGAGGCUGGUGGUACCAUGCCUGUGCCCACUCCAACCUCAAUGGUGUGUGGCAUCGUGGUGGCCACUACCGUAGCCGCUACCAGGACGGGGUCUACUGGGCCGAGUUUCGUGGUGGGGCUUACUCUCUCAAGAAGGCUGCCAUGCUGAUCAGGCCCCUGAGGCUGUGA